AUGCACAAGCCGCCUGCUGAGGACGUAUGGUGGUCAGAGACCCACCAGAGACUUACCAGAGACCUACCAGAGACCCACCAGAGACCUACCAGAGACCCACCAGAGACCUACCAGAGACUCACCAGAGACCUACCAGAGACCCACCAGAGAGUCACCAGAGACCUACCAGAGACCCACCAGAGACCUACCAGAGACCCACCAGAGACCCACCAGAGACCUACCAGAGACCCACCAGAGACCCACCAGAGACCUACCAGAGACCCACCAGAGACCUACCAGAGACCCACCAGAGACCUACCAGAGACUCACCAGAGACCUACCAGAGACCUACCAGAGACCCACCAGAGAGUCACCAGAGACCUACCAGAGACCUACCAGAGACCCACCAGAGACCUACCAGAGACCCACCAGAGACCCACCAGAGACCCACCAGAGACCUACCAGAGACCCACCAGAGACUUACCAGAGACCUACCAGAGACCUACCAGAGACCCACCAGAGACCCACCAGAGACCCACCAGAGACCUACCAGAGACCCACCAGAGACCCACCAGAGACCUACCAGAGACCUACCAGAGACUCACCAGAGACCUACCAGAGACCUACCAGAGACCCACCAGAGAGUCACCAGAGACUUACCAGAGACCUACCAGAGACCUACCAGAGACCCACCAGAGACCCACCAGAGACCCACCAGAGACCCACCAGAGACCUACCAGAGACCUACCAGAGACACACCAGAGACCCACCAGAGACUUACCAGAGACCCACCAGAGACCCACCAGAGACCCACCAGAGACCUACAGGUCACAGGUCACAGGUCUCUUUAAUGAUUUCAGAGUCACAGGUAUCUUUAAUGAUUUCAGAGUCACAGGUCUCUUUAAAUGA